AUGUCCGCCAAGUCGAUUCUCGAAGCUGAUGGCAAGGCCAUCCUCAACUACCACCUCACUCGUGCUCCCCUCAUCAAGCCUACUCCCCUCCCUCCGUCCUCCACGCACAACCCUCCUCCUAAGCUCGCCUCCCUUUACUUUCCCGAAGAUAUUGCCGUCAAGGAUGUCCUCGACCAGGCUGAGGUCCGCUACCCCUGGCUGUUGACCCCCGGUUCCAAGUUCGUGGCCAAGCCCGACCAAUUGAUCAAGAGACGUGGAAAGAGUGGCCUUCUGGCCCUGAACAAGACCUGGGCCGAGGCCAGGGAAUGGAUUGAGGCCCGUGCUGCCAAGGACGUUCAGGUUGAGACGGUCACCGGCGUUCUCCGUCAGUUCCUCGUUGAGCCUUUCGUUCCUCACCCCCAGGAGACUGAGUACUACAUCAACAUCCACUCCGUGCGUGAGGGUGACUGGAUCCUUUUCACCCACGAGGGUGGUGUCGACGUUGGUGAUGUCGACGCCAAGGCUGAGAAGCUUCUCAUCCCCGUCAACCUGGAGAAGUACCCCUCCAACGAGGAGAUCGCUGCUGCUCUCCUGAGCAAGGUGCCCAAGGGUGUCCACAACGUCCUCGUUGACUUCAUCUCCCGCCUCUACGCCGUCUACGUUGACUGCCAGUUCACCUACCUCGAGAUCAACCCUCUGGUUGUCAUCCCCAACGCUGAUGCCACCUCGGCUGAUGUUCACUUCCUCGAUCUGGCUGCCAAGCUCGACCAGACUGCUGAGUUCGAGUGCGGUACCAAGUGGGCCAUUGCUCGUAGCCCCGCCAACCUGGGUCUGCCCACCCUUCCCUCCAGCGACAAGGUCAACAUUGACGCUGGUCCCCCGAUGGAGUUCCCCGCUCCUUUCGGUCGUGAGCUGAGCAAGGAGGAGAAGUUCAUCUCCGAGAUGGAUGCUAAGACCGGUGCUUCCCUCAAGCUUACCGUCCUCAACGCCAACGGCCGUGUCUGGACCCUGGUUGCUGGUGGUGGUGCCUCCGUCGUGUACGCUGAUGCCAUUGCCUCUGCUGGCUUCGUCAGCGAGCUCGCCAACUACGGUGAGUACUCCGGUGCUCCCACCGAGACCCAGACCUUCAACUACGCCCGUACCAUCCUCGACCUGAUGCUGCGCUCUCCCAUCCACCCCGACGGCAAGGUCCUCUUCAUCGGUGGUGGUAUUGCCAACUUCACCAACGUUGCCUCCACCUUCAAGGGUGUCAUCCGCGCUCUGCGUGAGGUUGCCCCUGUCCUGAACGAGCACAAGGUCCAGAUCUGGGUUCGUCGUGCUGGUCCCAACUACCAGGAGGGUCUUAAGAACAUCAAGGCUGUUGGUGAGGAGCUUGGCCUCAACAUGCACGUCUACGGCCCUGAGAUGCACGUCAGUGGUAUUGUGCCCCUUGCCCUUCUCGGCAAGAAGACCGACAUCAAGGAGUUCGGUUCCGCGUAA